AUGGGUCCGGACAUGGCUAAGAUCCAAUAUCAGAUUGCUGCUCGUAUCACUGCAGCCAAUGAGAUAGAUGGCACACCAAAGCCCUUGGCAACAAGGAUGAAGACAAUCCGUAUCAUUCCUACUGUGAAUGAACAGCCGCCAGUCAACAUCCUUGGCGACAGCGACUACAUCUUAAGGUCUGAAAAAUCCGUCAAGAAGGGUGUGUUUAAAGGCAAACUCGGUACCUUGGUCAUCGAAGCCGAACAACCAAAGUCACUCCGACUCCCAAAAUCUUAUAAACCCGAAGAAACAACCAUCAGCACAGUGGCAAUCGUAAAACUACGAUUCGACCCAGCUGAUGCAAGCUCACAACCACCCCGCUUGGGAAGUUUGAGCAGUAAGCUCAAGACAACAACCUGGUAUGCUACUGGCGCUCGCAUGGACAUCCCCAAAAGGAAGGACUGCCUCUACGACCACAGGCAAGGCUUGCAUUCAGUAAGCAUAGGUCUAUCUUCGCGCUGCAUGGGCAGUGUUGAAUGGGUCUCGCGAACAGAGUCAGCAUCAGACGAGGCACAGCUUGCCCGUCGUGACUCUGGUCUUUCACACCAAGAGGUUCCNCAAUAUCCCAGCCCUAGUACGAAGUACAAGGGUGACAACUUCUGGACCGCAGAGAUCGUAGUGCCGGUGGCGCUACCCAAAGACAAGCAUUUCGUGCCCACAUUCCACAGCUGCCUCACCUCGCGCACGUAUUCUCUCAAUCUUUCACUCGGUAUCCAUUCAGCUGGUGUCGGCUUUCCUUCUGUGGAUUUGAAGCUUCCAAUUCAAAUCUCCGCUGAGGGUAAGGGUGAGGUAGAUGCCAUAUCAAGAACUUCUUCGACCAUCGAGGAGCGUUUGGCGGAGCUUGCAGCGGAAGAUGAGCUUCUUGCAGCAGAACAUAGAGGCAGUUGGUCAUACAAUGACCUGGAGACUCCAGAAUCUACCGACCUGCCACCAGAAUACGAGGCAUACAGAAGACCUAUCGUUACUGUCGCUGGCUAG